AGCCUUUCCCCAAUCCCUUCUCCCUCCCUCUCAAAACCCUUUCUUUCCUAGUUUCCUCCCUCACCCUCCGCCCUCCUCCUUCCCAUUUCCCCAAAUCCAAUCCAAUGAGAAACAAUAUCUCGCAUCAUCCGUGGCUCCAGGCCCAGCUGGCCGAUAAUGUUGACAUGCCAAGAACCAAAUACUAAGCAGAAGCAUCAUCCAUCAUGAGUCUCCAAGUCCACCAGACGACUCACGACCAACUCCACCGCCUCCCUUCUUCCUCCUGCCACCUCCACCCGGACGAGCUCAUCACCGGCUUCUGCGCUUCUUGUCUUCGCGAGCGCCUCGCCGACCUCGACACCGCCGCUGCCGCCUCCUGCUCCUCCGGCCGUAGGUCCACUUCCUCCGCCUUCAAAUUCCUUUCGUUCAAGGCCGCCGGAGGAGGGCCGCCCACUUCCUCGAACUCCACCUCCUCUUCGUUCUUGCGCCCAGAGCUCCGACGUUGCAAGUCUUUUUCCUGCGGCCGUAUCGACGGCUUCGCCAGGUCCCGCGCCUCGGCCGCCUUCGAGUCCCAGCGCAAGUCCUGCGACGUCCGGGUGCGCAACACCCUGUGGUCCCUCUUCCACCAGGACGACAACAAUCGGCUCCGCGACAUUGUCCUCCCCUCCGCCGCGGCGGCCUUGGCCGGCGGCGAGAUCGAGGUCGAGCGCCUCUCGGCCUCCGUCGCGCCUCCAGCGAUCGAAACCCGGGAAGAAAACGAGGAGGAGGGGAGAGACAACGGGGACGAAAUCAGGGACCUGGAUCCCGUCCUGGUGGUGGGAACGUCUGGGGAGAUCGAGGGACGAGUGCGGGAGGAGGAGGCGGAGCUGAAGCCGAUGAAGGACCAUAUAGAUCUUGACUCCGCCGCCCAGGCCAAGAAGCCGCCUCCCAAGGACCUCAAGGAGAUCGCCGGCAGUUUCUGGCUCGCCGCAUCCGUAUUCAGCAAGAAGCUCCGGAAGUGGCGGAGGAAGCAGAAGCUCAAGAAGCAGCAGGCCGGUAGCAAGGGGGCCGCGUCCGCUAUGCCAGCACCGGAGAAGCCGCACCAAUCGUCCCGGCGGUUCCGCGAGACGCAAUCGGAGGUCGCCGUUGACGCGUUCGGCCGGCGGUCAUGGGACAUCGACCCGCGGUUCUCCCUCGACGCCGGCCGGAUCUCUUUGGACGAUCCCCGGUUCUCGUGGGACGAGCCGAGGGCCUCGUGGGACGGCUACAUCGUCGGAGGCCGAUCCGUGCUACAUCGCCUCCCUCCCAUGCUCUCUGUCGUCGAGGACGGCCCCGUUCCCGCCGUAGAGCGGUCGGACAGCCAGAUCCCCGUCGAGGAGGACGCCAUGGCCCCGGGCGGCUCCAUCCAGACUCGAGACUACUACUCGGAGACGUCUGGCCGGUGGCGGCGGAGCUUCGAGCGGUCCAACUCCGUCCGGAAGGGGACGGUCGAGAUUAACGAGACGAAGCCAGCCUCCGAUGCCAGGGAGUCUCCCGCCAGCGGCACCGACUUGUUCCCCUUCCACUCCCCGGGAAGCUUGCUCUUGAGAGGUUUCGGCUCUAAUUCGGUGAGGGAGGAGCGCUCCGAGAGCUUCGAAUCGGCGUUGAGAGACCACUCCUGCAAGGGGAGCUGGAGAAAGAAGUCCAGGAGGUGGGGCAAGGCGUGGAACAUCUGGGGGCUUAUACACCGCAGAGGCGGCGCCAGAGGAGGAGGAAGCGGUGUGGUGGUCGAGAGAUCCUUCUCGGAGUCCUGGCCUGAGCUGCGGGCUCGGGGUUGCAACGGCAGGAUUUUGCGGUGCAGCAGCAGUGUAAGCUCGAGGAGGUAUUUCGGUGGAAAUGGUGGUAUGGGCAGCAUGAGGAGGAGCAGCUGCAUGGAGAACGACGGGCACGGGAAGAAGAGGGAGGAGAUCGUGGUGGAGAGGAACCGGAGUCCCACGCACCUGGACAUUUGGUUGCUCAGGUGGCGGAAUGGAGGAUUGGGGUUCACAAGGAGAGCAAGCUAUGUUUGUACCGAGCCGGUAAAACGGUUUGCAUCAGGUUCAUGUUCUUCCUGGGAGUAGGCUGCAAGCACAAAUUUCUGUAUCGUUCUUGCUGGCGGGGUGAAAAGGCAUUAAUUAUAUUUGCGUUG